GUCCCAAAAAGAUGCUUGUGGUACUUUCAGUUGUAGAGUAAAUUGAGUUGUAAAUUGCUCCUAAGGAGGAAGCAGACUUGUGGAGGUCGUGGCUGAUUUGCUUGGUUUUCCCAUGGUAUCAAGAGCAAAAAGGCACUGUCUCUAAAGAUAGUCCCAAUGGUGCACACCCAUUAUCAGCCACUGGUAAACACCCAUUAGCUCCUAAUUAUGCCAUUGGCCAAUCAGGAUCUUCUAAAAGUCAUUAAAUUACUUUCUGAAAUCUCCCAGACUGUUUAAAGAGACAGUCAACAUGGUGUAUGUAAACUUUUGACCCACUGGAAUCCUAAUACAGUGAAUUAAAGGUGAAAGGCUAACCUACACAGCAAUGUAAAUAUUUAAUGUGUAAUUUAAUAUGUACAUUAACUAGCCACUUCCAGAAUUAGUGCGAUGUAGUGCAAAUGAUAACAGUCUCCUUUAGAAUACAGAUAAGCUCAUGUUGGCAUAUAGAUAGGUAACUAAUAUUAGCAUUAACUAGCUAAGCAGUGCUAACCCUGCUAAGCAGUGCUAACCCAUGAUCUAACAUGUCACUACCCAUACAAGGUUAGUUUGUCAGGAUGAUGUCUGUAAUACAUUUCAGGCAUUUGGGAGAUAUUAUUAUAAAUAUUUGUGCCUUGUCUGAGAUAAGACUAUUUCACUUAGAUAGGCAUGUAUUGAUAUGGAAGAGUAUGAGUUGCUUUUCCUACGAACCGUGAUGUUUGCGUAAUCCAUGCUGAUAUGAUCACAUCAUUAUAUCACAAAUUUAUGUGAAUACACAAUGAGAUUUUUACUGUAACAGCCCAUUUAUAGGCUGCUCAAUCACACACUCUGGUUUACUUACUCUUUCCUGCAGGCUCCCAGUGAAGACGAAAGCAGUGGGGAUUAUGACACUAACACACUGAUUUCAGUAGCUGAAGUACAUUAACCUUUAUGGACUUCACUGUUCUGACAGCAGGACAAAGCCCCAUCUCAGAAAAAUCAUAGCUCAGCGUCUUGUCAUAUACCAGUAUAUACACAAUCACUCUUGGAUUGAGGAGACAUUGUCACGAAUUGCUCCAACAUGUCAAACGCUGAGAACUUCUCUGACUACUAUAGCCUAAGUAAAAAUAAUGACACCACGAACCAGGUCUGCAACAACAGCUAUGUAAUGGACUUCAGCAGAGUCUUCCUCCCUACACUCUAUAGCAUUGUCUUCAUUGUAGGAUUCAUUGGCAAUGGCCUGGUGGUGUGUGUCCUGCUCAAGUACCACAAAACCUUCAACAUGUCAGAUCUGUGUCUCUUCAACCUGGCACUUUCUGACAUCCUCUUCCUUAUCUCAUUGCCUUUCUGGGCCCACUUCGCUGCCAUCACUGUGUGGACCUUUGGGGGCUUCAUGUGCCAUGCAGUGAUAGCACUCUACAUGUUGGGAUUCUAUGGAAGUAUCUUCUUCAUGAUCCUCAUGACCUUUGACCGCUACGCUGUCAUUGUCCAUGCCCAUUCAUUCCUUUUCUCCAAGCACCGGUCUGCCAGAGCUAGAAUAAGCCUGGCUUUGUUUAUGUGGGCAAUUAGCUUGGGAGCUUCUCUGCCAACCAUCAUUUUCUCACGAGCAGAAAAUGCCACAUGCAGUGUGGAAUAUCUAGAAAAGACAUGGAAAUCAUUCUCUUACGUUCAGCUGAACAUCCUCGGCUUCAUUAUUCCUCUCUCAGUGAUGGUGUUCUGCUACACGCGUAUUAUCCCCAUUUUAAUGACCAUGAAGUCUCCGAAAAAACACAAUGCUGUCAGGCUCCUGCUGGUCUUGGUCACUGUUUUCUUCCUCUUCUGGACACCCUACAACAUUGUCAUCUUCCUGAAGUUCCUGCAACUUCAACUGGGCUACAUGAACACCUGUCGGUCGGAUCAAGACCUGCACAUGGCUAUGCAGUGGGUGGAAACCAUAGCGUUCAGUCACUGCUGCCUCAACCCCAUAAUCUACGCCUUUGUGGGGCAGAAAUUCAGGAAGUUAUUUCUAAUGAUCCUGAAAGAGAGAUUUCCUGUUUGUUUUGGUCACUGCACAACAAAUGAAAGUGAGUUCUCAGAGAGGAUGACCACUAUGCACACACGCUCGUCAGUAAUUUCCAGCACAAAGACAAAAUCAAAAGAGUAACCGUUAUUACUUGUUAUGGCCAAAGCCUGUUUCAAUUUCUAAAAAGUCCACAAAUCCAUAAUACAAAAAUGGGCCUUUUUCCAGAGUAGGCUCGUGACUAUUUGCUGUAUUGUACAGUUUAUACAUGCUUUAUAUAAUUAGAUCAUUUUAAACUAAUAGUGCACAUAUUGCUUGCAGCAAGUAUCAAGCCCCUUUUAAGAACAGUUUACUAAGAAUAUGUAUUUUCUUUAUAAAUAAAAUGUUAAACAAACAUCUGAUUACAGAAAACUUCACCUUUUCAGUAAUUACACAAUUUGGAAAAUAAUAUUAUUAGCCUUAGAUCUUCCUCCAAACAAGUAUCUGUAUAAGUUGUUACUAUAGAAACAGUAACAUAUUAGAACAAGUGCAUUGAUGUAAAUAUACUAUUUAAAUUACAGCCAGCGCUAUUGUGAGAAAUGCUGUUAAAGAUAAUUAAUCAACACCUUCUGACCAAUCAGAUGAAUUCAGUAAGUAUGAAUUAUGACAAAGCAUGAUUCCUUUUUCGUUUUUAUUGUUAUAAAGCAAAGCUCCAGUUUUGCUUAUUAUUUCAGAGCAUGAUUCCUGUUUUUUUCACACUGAUCUGUUGAGUUUAUGUAAAAGCACAUUAACCCUGGUAGAUACAUUAUUUUACUGACUGUUUUCAUUUUGUGAUAAAAAAGGUCAAGUGAAUAAAUAAACUUAACAUGUUCUAAAAUUGUAUUUAGUAAAACAUGAUUAAAAAUGGCUACUUUGUUUACCUGUUGUCUUUCUUUUAAAUUGUCCUGAUUUUAAUCAAGUAAGGCUUGAUUAAAAGAAGACAGAAAAAAGACUGCUGACAUUUUUGUGUUUAGUGUUCAGACAAAACAAAAAAUCAUGGACACAUAUGAUCAACACAAGAUGUUAUGAAAAAUGAGUUGACUGACAUUAGUGAUUUGUGCACAAUAUGACAAACUAACACAGUGUUGUCUUCAAGCAUUAUACUGUAUGUAUUUUUUUAUAUUGUUGGUUACUAACCACUCAUAUGGAAGUGUUAUACUUUUUUCUGUUCAAUUCUGUGGUAAUUAUUGUAUCUUUUUGGCAUGGUUAACAUUUACUUUUCCACUUAAUUGAUAAAAUACAUAGUAUGAUCACAGCAUGCAACUGAUGUAUGAGAGUGGCCAAGAGAAGCUGUUAAUAUAUCAUACAUUAUCUGCUAAUUCCAUAUCAGUAUGGUGUUUUCUGCAAGGUAGACAAUGUUGCUCCAGUAUACAUUGGACAAUAUUAUGCACUAGAUUAUACUGCACCUCUAAAGUUGGACUCUCUGAAUUUUUUGUAACUUAAAAUAUCUGUUCUGAAUGUCAACUAUAUCACUCCAAAAUAAAUUUUACAAAUUUAUACAUACUACUUGUUGUUUGUUGUUACAGUAGCUACUGUUAUGUGUUAUAGCAGCUUUAUUUUUUUCCCCCAUCUGGAACAGUUGUUUUUUUUUAAUCAUGUCAUGGUGGAAGUAUAGGGCCCCAAAUAAUAGUUCAAGCCCAAGGGCCUCUAUCACCCUAUAUCUGCCCGUGAAUCAGUACGUACAAACAUGUAAUUAUUUGUAUGAUCUGUAAUAACAGAGCUGGUAGUUUGAAUUUCCUCUCUGGGUGAUUUAUAUAGCAUCAUUUAUUCACGACUCCAACUGGGAUGUCAAUAUAUACCACAAAAAAAUAAACCGGCUACUCUCAUUAAAUUACAUAUGAUCAAAAAUACACUCAUUAAGCCCUUAAUUACCCUGUAAACCUGCUGUAAACAUACAUUUAUGCAAUUAUCGGUAGCACUUUAUUUUAAGGAACACAUACUAUAAGGUAUUAAUAAAGGUUUUGUUAUUUACUUAAUAAAGCACAAAUCAGACAUGUGUGAAAAGUUCAUUCACUAUGUACUAGUCUUUAUUCCUAAAGAUCUGUACUGCUGCAAAGCUAGAUGUGUUAGCUGAAAAUGAGUAAUUAUAAUAAUGUGCAAUAAAUACUUAUGAGCUAAGAAAACCCGAAUAAGUCAUUAAAAAAUGGAACAUGUGAAUAAAGAAUAAUACAGCUUGAAUAAACAAAUUACAUGUGUCCAAUUUGUGCGUUAGUAAACACAUAAAAAUACCCUCAUUAACGUUUUAUAUGUGUUCCUUAAAAUAAACUGUUACCCAAUUAUCCAUACAGCCAAUCAUGCAGCAGCAGGACAAUGCAUAAAAUCAUGCAGAUACAGGUCAAGAGCUUCACUUAAUGUUCACAUCAUCUCUCAGAAUGGGAAAAAAAUGUCAUCUUUGUCACAUGGUUUUUUCAGAAAUCUCAGAGAUUUUUUUUCCCUUUACACUGCCACCUCUGGCUUGUUUCUUAGGGAUCUAAAUCUACAACUGGAUUUCUGUAAAGCUGCUUUGUGACAUUGUCAGUUGUUAAAAUGAUACACAAAUCCAACUGAAUUUAACUGAACUGAACAUUUUAAUGUAGAGACAGCUGCUCAAGGUCUGGAAAGAGAAAAUGGAGAGACAUUAUUGCUGGAGAAUGGAGACUCAGAAUGGCAAACAUUUGGACUGUAGCCUGGUUCAUAAUUGCAAAAUUGUUAAGGAAGAGCUUCAAGAAAUUCCUAAAGAUUCGGUCCUAUUUUUAGUGGAUAGAUGAUAAGCAACCUUCUGUUUUCCUUCUUAUGUGUAACAGGUUUCUUUUAGUAAAGACUCUUUAACCAUUUCUUAAUGCAAAAUUUCAGGCACUUAGAGAACUGGCUGUUUUUGGUUGAAGUGGCACUACAUCGGGCACAAGUGUAUGCAUGUUUUUCUGAAUUCUUUAUCUGCUUGGCUGUUCCAUGUGUCAAUUACAGCAACACUAGCCAGUCGUGGGCAUCAGUAAGCUCAUGUAUGCAGAACAGGGCAGAUAGCACUUUUCCCCAAGUGUGUUAUGCUCCCCUAUGAAAAAAGAAAAGAAUUCAUGUGUCUCAGAGGAAGACCUGUUAGCCUUCAACCUCCCUGGUUGGUAUCUAUUGUAUUAUAGGGGUGAGCUGGCUGGUGGGUGUCUAUCUCAUAAUCAUACAUUCUUGGAGAACCCAUGUUUAAAAUCUUCAACAUAGUUUUUAACAUAAUUUACUGGUAAACUAUGUUUUGAUUUGGAAUCCAGGAAUAUGAGAUAAUGUUUCAAACUGUUCAUAUUUUUAAAGUAAUUAUAAAAGUUUAAAGUAUAUAUACUGAGCAUUUGUAAAUUUACCUUUAUAUAUACUGAGCAUUUGUUAUUGUUCCCCCCAAAAAAAUCAUUGGAGAUUUUAUUUCCCAUCACCAACUGAACAGUUAAUAUGAGAAGUAUGCACAGUUAGUAUGAUAAGAUGACUUACUAACUUGGAAUAACACAUGCCACACCAUUUUCAGUAACACUUUAUGUUGUCCCCAACACUUAUUGAAAGUGUAGCCCCUUAUCUAAUAGCUUGUUUAUCUAGAAGUGUCACAAGGUUAGUUUCUCAGAAUGAUAAUAACUUUCUGUGCUUCUUCUGGUUAAAAUUUUCACAUAGAUGGGCAUGUAGUGACAAGGGAAGUUUCUUUCCUAUGAACCCUGUUGUUUGUCCAACACAUGCUGAUAUAAUCACAUCACUGCAUCACAAAGAUAUGUAAAUACACAGUAAGGCUUUCAUAACAUCUAUUCAAGUAAUCAGCCUGCAUUUUCA